AGCCGUACAGAGAGAGUAUCCUGAGACGACCACUGUCAUAGAACCAGGAAGAAGGAAGGUGGGAUAGCUUAAAAAGGCUAAUAUCCCGAAACCAUCGGAGAACUUUCCUUUUUUAAACAAAAUGAUGAGGUCGUCCAGGUGGAAGUGUGCAGCGUUGGUGUUACUGCCUGUUAUAAGUAUUCUGCUACCGGCCCGGGCGGAUGAGCACGAACACACGUACGAAGACAAAGAGGAGGUGGUUCUAUGGAUGAACACAGUCGGGCCGUAUCACAACAGGCAGGAGACAUAUAAAUACUUCUCCUUGCCUUUCUGCGUGGGUAACAAAAAGACCAUCAGCCACUACCAUGAGACGCUUGGAGAAGCUCUACAGGGAGUCGAACUGGAGUUCAGUGGUCUAGAUAUCAAGUUUAAAGAUGAAGUCAUGCAGACGACAUACUGUGAAAUCGAGCUGGACAAAGCUAAAAGAGAUGCGUUUGUUUACGCCAUAAAGAACCACUACUGGUACCAAAUGUACAUCGAUGACCUGCCAAUCUGGGGUAUUGUUGGCGAGGCAGACGAGAACGGGGAGGACCAUUACCUCUGGACUUACAAAAAGCUUGAAAUCGGCUUCAACGGGAACAGAAUCGUGGACGUUAAUUUAACCAGCGAGGGCAAAGUCAAGCUUGUGCCAAACACAAGAAUCGCCAUGUCCUAUUCGGUUAAGUGGAAAAAGUCUGAUGUGAAAUUUGAAGACCGUUUUGACAAAUACCUUGAUCCGUCUUUCUUCCAACACAGAAUUCACUGGUUCUCCAUAUUUAACUCCUUCAUGAUGGUGAUCUUCCUGGUGGGCUUGGUGUCUAUGAUCUUGAUGAGGACGCUGAGGAAAGACUACGCCAGAUACAGCAAAGAAGAGGAAAUGGAUGAUAUGGACAGGGAUCUCGGGGACGAGUAUGGCUGGAAGCAAGUCCAUGGCGAUGUGUUCAGACCCUCCAGUCACCCUCUGAUCUUCUCGUCCCUCAUUGGCUCUGGUUGCCAGAUCUUCUCAGUAUCCCUCAUCGUCAUCAUUGUGGCCAUGCUUGAGGAUUUGUACACUGAACGAGGCUCGAUGCUGAGCACAGCCAUAUUUGUGUAUGCAGCUACUUCUCCAGUAAAUGGUUACUUUGGGGGAAGCCUGUAUGCAAAACAAGGGGGGAGGAGAUGGAUAAAGCAGAUGUUUAUUGGCGCUUUCCUUAUCCCAGCAAUGGUUUGCGGAACAGCUUUCUUUAUCAACUUCAUUGCUAUCUACUACCACGCCUCCAGAGCCAUCCCAUUUGGCACCAUGGUUGCAGUGUGCUGCAUCUGCUUCUUCGUCAUCCUGCCCCUAAACCUGGUGGGAACGAUCCUGGGUCGGAACCUCUCGGGACAGCCCAACUUCCCCUGCAGGGUCAAUGCCGUGCCCAGGCCUAUCCCAGAGAAGAAAUGGUUCAUGGAACCUGCGGUCAUCGUGUGUCUGGGUGGCAUCCUGCCAUUUGGGUCUAUAUUCAUCGAGAUGUACUUUAUUUUUACGUCAUUCUGGGCAUAUAAGAUUUACUACGUGUACGGAUUCAUGAUGCUGGUGUUGGUAAUUUUGUGCAUUGUGACUGUGUGCGUGACCAUCGUCUGUACCUACUUCCUCCUCAAUGCUGAAGACUACAGAUGGCAGUGGACAAGUUUUCUUUCCGCUGCUUCCACGGCAGUCUAUGUUUACAUGUAUUCCUUUUACUACUAUUUCUUCAAAACAAAGAUGUACGGUUUGUUUCAGACAUCGUUCUAUUUCGGCUACAUGGCGGUGUUCAGUACUGCUCUGGGUAUAAUGUGUGGAGCCGUCGGUUACAUGGGAACAAGUGCCUUCGUGAGAAAGAUCUACACAAACGUGAAGAUCGACUAGCGACUCUACAGCAUCUGUGCAAUCGGCUGACGUUUCCCAGCAGUUGCGGACGCGAGUCUUUGUUCCUUUUUUUUUUUUUUUCCCUUGCAAGAAGAGAUUGUGAUCUUAUCUUGUAUAAAUCUAGUUUUCCAUUUUCUCAACAAAUUCAAGGUUGCAAGAUUGUGUAUACAAGGGCAUAUAACGGAAGAUUGAAUAAACAUGAGUUUUAUUAUUAUUAUUUUUUUUAAUUUAACUGUUUCAUUUCUUUCCUCUGGAGCAAAUGCGUAGAUUUUUUUCUGUUUGCAGUUUAAAAACUUUGGUUCUCCUCUGAUAACUCUGUCCCACCCAGCAUGAGUGAACGUAGACCUUUAUCGAUGGAGUAGUCUAGCUCUCUUCAGUGAAGAGGCCGAAGUGUAUGGGAGAGCUUUUGUCUGUUGUAGGAGAAUGUUGGAGGGUUUUGAUUGUGUCCAUACUCCUACUGUCUGUUAUGUAUUGUCGAAGUUGAGCGAUGUUGUUGUAUUGUUUUAAACACUUUGUUACCAAUCACCAAGCGCAUAGUGUAACUUUGCAUUCAAAUGAUUAAAAAAAAAAAAAUGGGUUACUAGCUUUUCUGCCACCAGACCUAACAAACCACCACAACCACACGUUUCACUUUACACUACAUAGUUAAGAUUAUCAUACAGGAUAUAUAUUAAAAAAAAAAAACACACACAAGGCAUAAAUCAUCCAGUUCCUGAUCCAGGUCUUAGAUUUAAUCUACGAUCCAGUCGUCUGCAACAAGUGCGGAUGCUUUAAUAAAUUGGUUGUUUUAGAGUGGGCUUUGUGUUUAGUCUUACUUUUAAUGUUGGGAUUUAAAUGAAGUCUGAGUGUGAAGAUGAUAAACGGACGGGGGGAAACCUGUAUAUAACCUUAAUAAUGUAACUGUAGAAGUAGACUCCAAAUGUAUUUUGGUUGUACAGAUUUAUUACAGGGUGUUUUUUUUUUUUUUUUUUUUUUAAACAUUGAGUUUUGAUCAUUUUUCUUUUCAUUUUGUAACCUUUGGGGUGGGUGGCACUGUUACAUCUUGCCUGUUAGUGCAUGACAUAUUCAUCUUGCUGUAUAAACCAGUUCUGUUUUGUAUCUUCGGCUUUUUCUUUGCUCUGGGAAUCCUGACACAAGCUCAAGUUAAGCUUUGUGUGAUCGUUAAAAAAAGAAGGAAAAAAACCCAUCUGGAUUGCUACAUUGCCUUUCUACUGCUUGUAGGGGAAAUACCAUCGUAUACAUUUUUUCUUUUUAAUAUUUAUGAUUUAAAGCUUUAAACGGCUCUCCGUGUGCUGAACAGCCACCUCCCUCAUGCUAACUUUCCCCAUCCAUUACCAGAAGCAGCAUUGUGAAUGUUGGACACAUGCAGAGUUUCUGCGAGCAUACUGUAAAGGGUGACGUUAUUGUACUUUCUUUGCUGUUUUUUUUCCCCCUCACUGCAAGGAGUGCCGCAGGAGCGCUCCGACAAAGCUCGUGUUUUUCGUUCUGCUGUAUACAGUAUGUAACUAAAGAUGUCUGAGAUGUGGCAACGCCGUUUUUUCUAAUCCCCUCCAACGCCAGAUGAUUUCUGGCCCCCUCAUGUCAUGAACCUUGUGAUGUCUGAGAAGACAUUUUAAACAUGCUAUACUUGUUGUAAAAAGGAAAAAAUAAACAAUGUUUAUGUACAGAGGUUAUAUAGGCAUGGUUUGAAUUCUGAAA